CUUAUUGUUGGAGAAGAAGGAGACUUUACGUGGAGCACGCGAACGCAUCAGCGAUAGUAGUUACUUUGCAUUCCAAAAUGACGGACCCGACUACGUCGCCAGAGGACCACUGGAAACAGACGGACGGUGCUUUCAGCGACAGCGGCUUCGACCACAGUUUUUUCACUGAUGGUGCCAGAAAGGGUACAGUCGUGUCCAGGGCCAACAGCAUCGGCUCAACAAGUGCCUCUUCAGUACCAAAUACAGAUGAUGAAGACAGCGACUACAGACACGAGGCGUCUUAUAAGGACUCGUAUAAAGAUCGACGAAGACAAGCGCACACACAGGCGGAGCAGAAGCGCAGGGAUGCUAUCAAGAAAGGUUAUGAUGAUCUCCAGUCCAUAGUACCAACCUGCCAGCAGCAGUCAGAAUUUGCAGUGGGAGCACAGAAGAUAAGCAAGGCUACGGUACUGCAGAAAACGAUUGACUACAUCCAUUUUCUUCACAAGGAAAAGAAGAAGCAAGAGGAGGAAGUGUCGGUACUAAGGAAAGAAGUGACGGCGCUUAAGAUCAUGAAAACGAACUAUGAGCACAUAGUGAAGGCCCACCAGAACCACCCGCAGCAGGGAGGGGAUCAGGUGUCUGACCAGGUUAAGUUCAACGUCUUUCAGAACAUCAUGGACUCCCUGUUCCAGUCCUUCAGUACUUCUGUCUCAGUGAGCAGUUUUCAAGAACUCUCCGCCUGCGUGUUCAGCUGGCUUGAAGAGCACUGCAAGCCACAGACGCUGAGGGAGUUUGUCGUCGGGGUGCUCCGGCAGCUCAACGGUCAGCUUUACUGAUCGAGUGAAACCUCGAGACUGAACUCAGACUUUGGGCUCGCUCUGGCCUCUCAGGGUGGAGUUAAAAACUCCAGUCAGCCUCAGGCCACACCACAGUAUUUACACUCUCUUCAGCUCAUCAGUGACUCCCUGGCUGCAUAUGGAUUACCUCAACCCACAGUGCGGGCAGAAAUGGAAAUUUGUAUCAGAUCGAGCAGAUGUUAUUAUCGAUCUGCCAAGGGGAAACACAAGUUCAGAAGUCAAGAGUUCCCAAAUGAAUGUAGAAGUUAAAUGCAUUUGGUAGACUAGAUGGUGUAGUUGUGGUCACUGUAUGCAUUAACUGUUGCCCUCGAGAUAAGUCAAGACUCCUCUCACAGAUGGAGGUUACUGAUUGUAUUGCUCGCCCCGAGCUUUACCUCUGUGACGUCAGCCUAAUGCUGAUCCAAAGGACUCGUCUCCGCUUCAGUGAGCAAACACUGUGAGUCAGCCAUACCACUCCUGAAUCUUAUUCAUUUCUCCUUACAAUGGCUCCAUGGUGAUUUAACAUUUUACCACUGAGGUUUGAUUGAAACAAACCUUUGUACCUUGAGUGUGAAAUCUCACAGGUGAUAGGUGUGCAAUGUAGACAGCCGAAAGGUCUUUUGAUUUAUGAAUGAUUGUUUAUACUGUCAAUAAUUAAGCUACACCACGCAUUGUGUUAAAUGUUUAAAGCGAACAGUUAUUCAGUUGCAGUUAUACAUGUCGUGUUUAUUUUGAAGGUGAUGUUAAAUACAAAGUGUUGAUUGUGAUGAUUGCAGUUUACUAUUAAAGUAUCAGUAGCUUUAACGGAGGGAUGUGCAGGUAAUAACAGUUUGGCUGAGAGCACUCGCUGAUUCCUCCUUUUGUGCCCUGCAAACACAGAAAACGUUGUGUCACUGUACCCUCCGGAGGCUUCGGGUCCCUGGUGGGAACAAUGGACGUGGCCAUGCACAAUUUGCAGCCGCUGUACUCAUAGGAGUGUUUUUAUACUUGAUUUUUAAGUGUAUCAUAUGAAGCAAGUUUUCCUGAUGCCUUUGACAGUUUUGUUUUCAGUAAAAUCGAUCACACAUAUGGCUCAUCUGCUCGAUAACAAAGGGCUGCUUUACUGUUGUUUCUUUAAUCACAGGGAAAUAUUGUCUUGUUGCUUAACGUAUUUUCUGUCAAUGGUUCUUUUAUAAAAGCCAUCUACUGGACACCACCAUCCAAAGAGUGCUGUCAACAUUUGUAAAGGAGAAUAUUGCUGAAUAUGUGUCCUGUUUAAUGAAAAUAAAGUGUGUAAGACGACA